AUGGUGUCGGAAAACAACACGAACCACGCCGCGGACGCCGAAGUCAACUCGAUGCAGACUGAUGUUUCGCAUAUCCCUGGUGUGCUUAGCAAGCUGCCUAGAAGUGAACAAAGACGACGGCUUGAGCCCAGAAACGAGGAAGAAUAAAUGGAGACUGAUGACAGUGGGGCUUAUCGCUCAUGGCGCAGACUGGAGCGCCCUGCGGGCAAGUUUGGAGGCAACGUUCGGUAUUAACGGAAGAAGCAAGCGGAACUUCAGGUCGGGAUUGCCCACUGAAGAGAGCCCAGGUCAAUCAAAUUGCAGAGGACGCUUCGAUGCAGACCACGUUGCCACAGAAAUAUAA